AUGGCUACGGCCACCAUUCCAGGCAGCAAUGCAAUGACACCCAAUCCUACUGUGAACAAUGUCAACCCAAUUGCUGUUAAGCAAAUCAUCGCGAGUGUGGUGUUGCCGGUUUUGGCUGUGAUCGCCACUGGAAUGAGAUUUUGGGCACGGCGCAUUAUUCGAGUCACUCCUUCAGUCGAGGACUGGUUGAUUGUCGUAGGUCUUAUAUGGACGAUUGGAUAUGCGGUGGUCAAUAUAUUGUUGGUUACCAUCGGCGGAGUUGGAUGGUCAAGUACGGUCCUGGUGGAGAGUGAACAGCUAAAUCGCGUUACGAUUGAGCUCAAGCUAACACUCGCCGGUCAAGUCGUCUAUGCUCUCGCCCUCGGAUGUAUCAAAGCUAGUAUAUGCCUACAGCUCAUUCGACUCUUUUGGAUAGACAAACUGUUUCGCUACUUGGGAUUCGUCUUAUUGGCUCUAUCAAUCGGUUGGGCACUACAAACUAUGCUCAUUGGAUUUCUCAUUUGCCGUCCAAUUUCCCAUAACUGGAACACGAACAGUCCUGGCACUUGCGGAGACCUACAUGCAGCGUAUAUCUCGGUUGGCAUCGUAGAUGCAGUCACGGACGGACUUAUAUUCCUCCUACCUAUCCCCAAAAUUGGAUCGCUCCAAUUGCCAAAUCGCACCAAACUUGCCACGAGCGCAAUCUUUGCCCUUGGUCUACUGACUAUCGCCUCCGGAAUCGUACGCACAGUUCAGGUAGCACACCUUCAGUUUGAUCCGAACGACACUGGUGCCGAAGUCGAUCUAUGCGUGUGGUCCGUGGUCGAACCCAGCGUGGGAAUUAUUGUCGCCUGCAUGAUUGUUAUGCGGCCACUCUUCCUUCGUUUCGGCGAGAAGUUUCUUUCAUGGGGGCCGUGGACCACACGGCGCAGUAACCCGAUGAAUAGUUACGAUUCCUCGAAGAUAGUGCACACCGAUCAGUCCAUCAGCCGCAAUCAUCAGUUCGUUAAGCUUGGACCCAAAUCCGACGCCAUUCCACUCAAUAGCAUGGGUUCCUCUCAUGACGUUACGAUGUAUGUACGAGCCAGUGACGACCACGCUUCUGAUAAAAGUCAUUACCAGACGAUCUCGGCAUCCAAAAAGCAGAAACCUGUGAAUGUAGUGUGA